AACCAGUUCCCAACUCACUAGUUUUAGUUCGAUAUUUCUUGCAGUAUUUAUUGCCUAUCGAUAGUUCAAAACAAUCAGCUGUACAAUAUAAAUAAUGCCGCCGCAAAGACCAGUUGUUUCGAAGAAAUUCGUGUGGAGCGCCGAGGCAACGGAAUGGCUUCUGGAAAUGUGGCAGGAGAAUCUGCAAGACUUUCGUUGUAAAAGGCGAAAAAACUUGGAUAUCAUGAAGAAAAUGGCAGCCGCCAUGAGGGAGUACGACAUCACUUGGGUCGAAAUAAAGGCCAAAAUGGACAACAUGAAGAAACGAUACCGCAACGAAUUCCAAAAAAUAAAGUCCUCGGGAAGUGGGCGUUCCAAAUGGAACUACUUCUCCAAAAUGCGGCUACUUGUGGACUACAGUGAUGAUGAAGAUGAUGAUGAUUUGUACGACAUCGAAGCAGAGAGAAUGUCCAGAAGAGCCUAUCAAAGGAGGCGCAAAGCGUGUAAGGAUGAUAGACGUCCUGUGAAGGAGGAAUCGCCCGAGGGGAGCCAACCCGAAAUCGAAUACCUAGACUCGUUCCCAGAAUCGGAGUUUCUCGAGCCAGACGUUGUUCUUCACAAGAGAAAUCGUCCCCAAACUGAGGAUUAUAAUGACAGCGAAGAAGACAUCCUAUCGAACCUGUAUUCUAAGCCAACUGAAAGAACGCAUGCGGAGAAUAUGUCAGACUCUUCCGUGGAAUUCGACUUCCCUGAACUUAACGCUAAGCGCUACAAGCGUGAUAGAGCUAAAGCUGUGGGCGAAGAAAUGUUGGCCCUUCAAAGGGAAACUCUCAAGGUCUUGCAGACAAUUUCAGAGAACCUCUCCAGUUUCCACGAUAAGUUCUUGAGAGCACUCAAGCCAAGACGCGAGAAGCGCCCUAGACUAAGUUAGCUAAGAGCUGCAUUUGUUAUAUAUUAAGAGAAUUUUCCUACAUACGUAAUAUGCAAAAUAUUUUUGCAAAACUUGUAUAGAAUGUGUUGACAUAAAAUGAGUAUGAAAAACUAAAAUGUUGUUCCUUCAGAAGUCACCCUUUUUAAAAACUG